GGUUAAAAAUAAAACAGAUUUUGAUCGUAGCACUAAUUAUGAUGAUGUAAAAUUGGUUGAAAACGCGAUAUUCAAAAAAGCUCAAUGGGAUUGUUUCGCGGAGGAAGUAACAUUACUGAAAGAAGGUAAAGAAAUAGAAAAAUCCAGCAACUUACGAAAAUUGAGUCCAAUGCUUGAUAAUCAUGGAGUACUCAGAGCAAGAGGAAGAUUGGAACACGCAAGAAGCAUACCCGAAUCAGCAAGAAAGCCUAUUAUAUUACCAUAUGAACAUAAUAUUUCUUUUUAAUUGUAAAGACAUAUCAUGAACGGUAUUUGCAUCAGAAUGACAAUGUCGUAAUUGCAGCUAUUCUUCAAAAGUUUUGGAUUAUUAAACAAAGGUCACUUUUGAAAAAGGUCAAGAAAUAUUGCCAAGAAUGCAUUAUUGCUAACGCAAAACCAGUACCACCCAUGAUGGCACCCUUACCAGAUUAUCGGACCGAAUCUUUCUUGUAUCCAUUUACGCAUACUGGAGUGGAUUACUUUGGUCCAUUUGAAGUUGCAGUAAAACGAUCAAGAGAAAAACGUUGGGGUGUGAUUUUUACAUGUAUGUCUAGUAGAGCAGUUCACAUCGAAAUGGCUGAGAAGUUAGAUACAGAUUCUUUUAUUGUCUGUUUGCGUAAUUUUCAAAACAGAAGAGGAAAAGUUAAGCACCUUUACAGCGAUAAUGGCACGAACUUUGUUGGAGCUGACAAUGAAUUAAAAGAACUAAUUGUGAAUAUUGAUAAAAGAAUGAGAAACGGUGAUGCGGCAGCAUUAGCCUUAAAAUGGACAUUCAAUCCUCCCGCGGCAUCGCAUUUUGGCGGAGUAUGGGAGAGGCUUAUUAGAAUCAUAAAGUUAUCACUAUACAAAAUGCUGAAGCAGUAUGGUAGUCGUUUACCACGACCAGCAAUUUUAAGAUCUGCUCUGAUCCAAGUAGAAUUUAUUUUAAACUCUCGUCCUUUAACACACAUACCAGUAGAAGAUAUCGACGACGAAAUAAUGACACCAUUUCAUAUUCUAAUUGGUCGUGCUGGAGAAUAUGUACCACCUUAUGAUCCAACAGCAAUUCACUUAGAAAACAUCAUUGGAAAAAGGUUCAAAACUAUGGGAAAUAUUUUUGGGAUCGGUGGACGAAAGAGUACCUUCCAUUGUUGUUGAAACGAAAUAAAUGGACUAAUCAAAUUGAACCUAUUAAAGUUGACGAUAUUGUUGUAAUAACUGAUGAUAAGGCACCUCCUGGAACAUGGUUGAAAGGUCGAGUAAUCAGUGUUAGAAUGGCUAAAGAUGGACAAGUAAGAUCUGCUGAAAUUAAAACAUCUAAAGGUAUUUAUAAAAGGCCAGCCGUCAAAGUGGCAGUUUUAGAUGUUCGGAAAAUUCAAAAGCCAAAGCCAUCUUUAGAAACAAAUGAUGAUUUAUUUCAACAAACUCAAAACUUUCAAGGAAGGCAUGACACAAUUCCACUUUCAGAACCGAAGAAACUAGAUUCACCAGAUUUAAUCCCGAAUCAAAAUGAUCAUGAAGAAAUGUGCGAUCUACGUUCGAAUAAAACCAUAAGAACAAAAAAUCCUAGUAACCUCAUAACGUUUAUGUUGCUCGUAUACAUGUUUACACUAAUCUUUGGUUUCGAAACUAGAGGAUUGAUAGCAUUUGACUGUGCCAACCCAGAGGUAAACAUGACAAGUUACUCGCUUCUUGAUGUAGCUUCUUGUAUUCCUCAGAAAAGUAAUUUGAGUUCAACAGAAAUAACAAUACAGGUUUUACAAAGGAAUGUAAAAAGUUUAACUAAAGUUCUUCAAUGUAAGGUAAUAAUUCGAAGGUCCAUAAGACAUUGUGGCUCAUUUUCGCAUACUUCAGAUUAUCAGUAUGGAUAUUCUUACAUCGUCAAAGAAUUCAAUUCAGAGGAAUGUACAAAGGUACACGCUUUAGGAAUGGUAUCGCUGACUCAUGACAGACAAAUUAAUGAGCUGAAGUUAAAUUCCACUACAAGGGGUGAAACGCUUAUUGUAGGUAGCGUGACUGGAAAUUCAUGCAACGGAGGCACAUAUAGUACACCAUUCUAUACAUGGACUGGGGCACUAGUUUAUUAUGAGUACGAGAUUGCUCUAUACGAUUAUAUUGCAAAUAUUGACCUUGAAAAUGAUCAGAUCAGAUUUUUGAAAAAUGGUUUAAUGUGUACGUAUUCGAUUGGAACAUGUCUAGAUUCCGAAGAAGGUUAUUUGACCUGGAAUGUAGACUUGAAUCAGUCCUGUGAAACAACUGAAUUUGAAGUAAUUUAUGAAGGACUUGUCAAUAAAACUACAAGUUUAGAGGGUAAUAUAAAGAAAACUCAUUCAGUAGUUUACAGCACUAUUUCAGAAACGCAAGUAUUUUCGAUCAAAACACGAGAAGAUACUCGCAUUUGUGGUUACAACGGAUUUACUACUGAUCAUCCUAGAAUUUUAAUAAUUGAAACACAGAGUAUUAGAUCUCCAUUUACAAGAAAAGCAAACAGUGGAAAAAAUUUGGAUUUAUUUACUUAUUUUAAUUCCAAAAUUACUCUCGUAGAAAGUUACAUUGGUCAAUCUUUAAAUGAUAUUUACAAUAUGGUUAUGGCUGAAAUGUGUAAAUUAGAUAAAGUUCUUUUAGAAACUAAGCUUACACUGGCUAGGCUUAACCCGAAUGAAUUCGUCAGCAGCAUAACGAAGAGAAAUGGUUACACAGCAGUAGUCGCUGGCGAAGUUUUGCACGUUUUGGAGUGUAAACCUGUUUACAUUACACCAAGAUUUACUGAGCAAUGUUAUCAAGAAAUUCCCGUUCUUUACAAUAAUGUGUCAAUGUUUUUAGCUCCAGUUACACGCGUUUUACAAACAUUAGGAACAGAAAUAGAGUGUACUCCUCUACUUCCUGCCAAAUUCAAAUUUGGGAGCAGAUGGUAUACCACAGAUGGAAGAUUACGAGAAACCACUGCGCCAAGUAAACUAUCAACUGAUAUUGUUACCAGCUGGUCAUACACGCCAUUGCCAAACUUAAUGGAGAGUGGGGUUUAUGAUUCCAACAGUUUGGUCAAAAUGAGGAACAUGAUAUAUGAACAAGGCGAAAGACGUGUAGCAUCUUCUGUAGUUUAUAAAAUUUUAGCUGGACAAAAUCCUAAUACUCAAGGCUUUAGAUUUGAUGCUUUAUUAUCUGAGAAAAUAAUUGAUGGUGCAAUACAUAAGUACUGGAACAAAGUGUUGUCUUGGAGCACAUGGUUGGGAAACACUACGUCAACAUUCAUCGGUAUUUACCUAUUCGCUCGAGGUUUAAAAUUUAUUGUUGAUACAGUCAUACAUAGUCAGAUAUUAUAUGACAUCUAUGGUUUCAGUUGGAAACUAAUAGCAUCAUUCUGGGACUCAUUAACUAAUUUUUUGUCGCAUAAAAACAUUAGAAGGGAGACGGUAAACAAAAUGGAAAAUAAUAGAUGUUCAGAAGAGAAUCAACAACCAAACAAUGAAACAGAAGAAACAGAAAUGAACCUGUAUAGAGGAAAUGUGUAUCCAAAAUCAACACAAAUGUCUAGUCCUAAGUAAAAAGACAAUAUCAAUAUCAUUUCAUAAUAAGUAAUAAAUCGCUUAUCGACAGUUAUUAUUGUAAAUCUAGUAGAUUUACGGGGUCCGGAAUGUAACGAACGCGAAUCAAUCAAUUUGCAUUUCAAACUCAAGUUGUCAUUUUCGUUAAGCUAUACAGCGCACCGCAUGGCAUAUUGUUAGUUGCAAUAUGCGCAUAGUUGAUAAUUCUCUGCUACCCGAGACAAUUAUGUCAUAAACUAAUCUUCUACGAAGGACCAAGAAAGAGACCCAUAAAUUGUAACAAAAUAGUGACGCACCGAUAGUGGCGGCGAUAACAAAGUAGAGAUAAUAAGAAAGGGACCCAAAAGAUAAUGAGUCAAAAUCAGGUAGAAUA